GCCAAAUCAUGUCUUCGGCUCGAUUUAUACACAAGGCGAACGGCGAACAAAGCCACAACUCGACACGGCGGUAUUUCCCGUUUGCCACCUGGCUGGACCUAAUGGCUCUGACAGCGGUCGAGUGGGGGUAGUGUGAAUGACAAUACGUGGACAAGGAUUUUAGGACUCGGGUCUCCUGAUUAGGAGCUGUCAUAUUCAUUGCUGCUUUUUUGAUGGUUAUAUGUGUAUUCUAACCUCAUUUAUGUCCACCCCAUUCGAGAUACUCCGAUCGAUGAACAGCCACCCAAGUUUCCUCUUAUAUAAAGAUGUUUUCUUCCCGGUCCCUCACCGCACCUCUGUAGAGGAUAUGGCCCUCUCGACAACUUUUCUCACUCUCCAGGCAGCCCUUCCUUGUGUCGUCAUCCUCCUGUCGCUCGGAAUUCUGAUCCAUCGACGCUGGCUCUUCAAUCACUCGCAGCGUCCUCCAGGGCCAACGUCUCUUCCCUUGAUUGGCAACUUGCUCCAAAUACCCUCCAACAGUCCAGAACACGUUUUUAGGAACUGGUUCGCAGUAUACGGAGACGUUGUCUUUUUUCGGAUUUUUCAUCAACCGACAGUGCUGCUGAAUACCUUUGAAGCUGCGCAGGACCUCCUAGAGAAGAGGGGCGCUAUAUAUUCGGACCGUCCGCGUUUUGUGUUGUUCUCUGAACUAAUGGGAUGGCAAAAUGCCUCCACCCAUGUUCCAUAUGGCCCACGGUUUCGGAAACAUAGACGAUUUAUCCACCAGACCUUCAACCAGCAAGCGGCACAGUUUCUCAAGCCCAUACAAGAAAAGGAGACUCUCACAUUAAUUAAGGGUCUUAUGACCACCCCUGAACACUUCUCUCGACAUCUUCGGAGAUUCGCGGCAGCCACGAUAUUGAAAGUUACUUACGGCGCGGAGGUAACUUCAGUGGACGACUUGUAUAUCCAGUUAGCCGAACGAGCGGGAACAUUAACGGUCCAGUCGGGUACCCCGGCCGCGACGCUUGUGGAUUUCUUUCCGUUCAUGAGACAUAUCCCUACAUGGGCGCCCUUAGCCGGCUUUAAACGCAAUGCCGCAGUAGUAAAAGAGGCCGUGGACAGGAUGAUGAACGUUCCUUAUGAGAUGGUGAAGAGGGAGAUGGAAUCCGGCAAAGCGUCGCCUUGCCUCACCUCAAGACUUUUGGAACGGUAUAGGCACUCGCCCGCAAUGUCACUUUCAUUCGAAGACGAGGAAGACAUCAAAGGCGUCGCAGGAACCAUGUUCUCAGCCGCUGAGGACACGACUAUCAGCGUAUCAACUACGUUUAUACUUGCGAUGGUUUUACACCCCCGUGUUUUUAAGAAAGCCCAAGAGGAGAUGGAGGGAUUGAUCGGACGGGACUCGCUCCCUUCGACUGAGGACCGACCCUCACUUCCUUAUUUCGAAUGCGUUCUGAAGGAAGUUCUCAGGUGGAAUCCACCUGUUCCCUUGGGGCUGCCUCAUCGUGUAAUGGAAGACGAUGUGUAUCGUGGGUAUCACAUUCAGAAAGGCACCACGGUGCUUGCAAACAUAUAUUCCAUUUUGAAGAGUUGUCCACACCCCGAUCUCUUCUAUCCUGAACGGUACUUGGAACAGAAUGAUCUCGUCGAUCCCUUUGAAGUCGUUUUCGGUUUUGGUCGCAGAAGAUGUCCCGGCCGUCAUUUUGCUGACACUGGGCUGUGGCUUUCUCUCGCAACUGUGGUAGCGACCAUGGAUAUAUCUAAAUCGAUCGAUGAUCAAGGAAGAGAUGUUGUUCCGGAGGUCGCUUUUAAAAGCGGAUUUGUUAGACACCCUAAACCCUUCACAUGCACUAUCAUACCUCGUUCCGGGAGCAUAGAGCGGAUUAUCGAGAGCUGCGUAUCUCAGGUGAAUGAUUAACGGGGGACUUUCAGCACACAACUAUUCACACAUAAAUCUAUUCCCCUUCCAUCAUUCAGUGAUUUACGAUUUACGUCUUAUCUUGAAUGGUCGCUUCUUAUAUUUCUUUAACCUUGUAUCCAUAGUUUUCUUGUGGUUCCAUAAAUUUCCGUAAGGCGAUGCUCGUCUUCAAGAGGUACAAUACCGAAAACAUCGCAGGGAAGGACGGAUAUGCGCC